AACCCCUGACACGCUGAGAUUGCACGUCUCUUUCUCUCGGCCUCUUUCAUUCCCCUGUGAUAGAAAACACUUGGAAUCAUUUCACGGAUCCAUUUCCGGCACUACCGUCAACGCUUAUGGCAUAUCGCUAGAAUUGUUGAAUUGAACAAUCUGGUGAUCAGUCUUCAAAUAUUGCCAUUGACAUAAACACGAACAUACCGUGUAAACAAACUUGUCGCACACCACUACCGACGGUUGGUAGGAGCCCGAAUACCUGCAAAAAUGCUGGCAGCUCACAAAGACCAAGAGAACCUGGCGUUCAGCCGACAGGCUGGAGGCUCAAAAGCGCUCAACCAAAAGCCGAUGGGGGCUCGGUAUCACAAAACGCCCCUCAAGGUGCCCCUAAAUGACGAGAAUGCUCCUGGAGCUGGAAAGAGUGUCCUGGCAGCGAAAAAUGGAAACACAAUGCUUCGAACUGUUGUCAAAGGCAAAGGAGCGCCUGCCACUCCCCUAGAGCCUCUCACGGCCCGCGCACCUCUGGGCAACAAGACGACCAACGCCAAAGCAAGGACUGGACAAAUUCAAGGCGUGAAGAGCAUUGUUCGUGAGAUUGAGAAGAGCCAGCCACCCACCACCAUCAACCGGCCACCAAAGCAGACGUCUACCAACCGGACUGAGUCGGGCAAGCUCGAUGUCCUUACCGAUGCCCCCACGGGCCCUGUAGCGGAAGAAGAAAUCGAAUACGCGCCUCCAAGGGUAUAUAUCGCCUACGAAUCAGAGGAUUUCAAGGAUGGGGUACUCAACUAUGAUGGUCUGAAACCUCAGAACCGGUUGAGGAACUAUUACUCCUACUACCAUGAUGCCGAGCGGACCGAUAGACGCACAAAGGUUGCGCCAGCUCGGGCUUCCAAGAACAUCGAAGCCAGCUGGAAGGACAUGGGGGAUGAAUGGACGGUAGGCGAUGUUUCCAACGCGGCAAAUUACCUUCAGCGGAAAUCAGCAAAGAACGCAUCUGCAGCUCGGCCAGCCGCAACCUCUACCAAUGCCACCGGCGUGGCAUCAAGAGCGCCCUCGACAAUCGCCUCCCGGAAUGCUGCUGGAGCCCUAGGAUCCGCUCCGAGGCCGGCGCUAGCCCCGAGGCCCGACUCUGCGAAGCCACUCAACAAGCCGGCCCGCGUACUUCCAUUUGGUAUGACCGGAAACAAGCCUGCUCAGCGCCCGAUCCGGCCCCGCCAAAGUUCUGCAGAGGUCGCUGCGGCAGUAUCCAAAUCUACCCUUGGAUACAACAAAGGACGCACUGCAUCCUCGAUGAUUAAUGGACGCCAACCCAUUACUACGAACGGACCCCCGGCAACAGCCCCACCACGGAACCCAAGCGUCGCCUCUGUCCGCGCCCCCAGUGUGGCCUCUUCGCAUUCCCGAGAAUCGACAAUCACGCCGGCAAAAUUCGCGAGGAGCCAGGCGGAUAAAGAGGCUGAGGACGAAGCCCAAAAGAAGCGAAUUCCCUUCCUGUCAAUUUUCGACGUGGACAGUGAAGACGAGAAUGAUGAGCCAGCUUCUGCUGGUGAUAUUACCAUCGAUAGCUUUGAACUCCCGGAUGACCUGUGAUAAUUUGGACAACCAGUUUGUUGGUCCUUUGUGGGGGAACGAAUGCAUAUAGCCGCCCUCACGGCUUUGAUUAUAGAGCGGGUUUUGGCGUUUGGGAUGGAGGAGUCUUUGGUCGUUUGUUUCGGUAUUGUACCGACUUCUCUUUGUUUCUAGCUUUGGGUAUACCAAGCCCAGGAAAAUUCCCCAAAAGCAACAUAAUGUUCUAACGAGGGAACUGCGAUUCCUUGCGUGUUGGAUUUUUGGGCCUAAUCAGGCUGCUCAUGUAAUAGCUUGUCUUUUUUCCCCUUUAUGUAUAUGGUAACGAAUGCAUUGCAAGAGCGCAGUGAGUGAGGCCCCUUUAUCAGACAACAUGGUUUUUAUUCGCCAGUCAGCGAAACACCAGGCUCUACACUAGGUACCCAUUCCAUGGCAGAAAUAUCAAUGGAACCUACCGAAGUUAGUUUUUUUUUAACCCUCCAUAGACAUAACUAGAUGGACGGACAAGUACUCCCUCCGUAGCCUCCGUAGGUAGGAAAAAUGCUUUGCGGCUCUUUCUUCGCCACUGAUGCAGAUUGCGAAC